CAGUCACAAGGAGCCAUCAUUAAUGAGUGCUCUGGUAGGAAGCAUAAUUUAUAGAGAAGCUAGCAAGUUCUGAGGAAGAGGGAAAUUAACACGGACAGCAAACCACUAUCUUUGAGCAGCUUGUCCUUUAAGCAUGUCGAGAUCCAGUCCUUUUAGUUUCACUUCAGUGAUCUCCAAAACGGGAACCUGGUGUUUGCCACUAUUCCAGUUGGUGCUCUCGGACCCACCAUGUGAAGAAAAUGAAAUGUACAUAAACUAUAAAAAUCAAUACCCAAAUGAUUGGUAUAUCUGGUUCUUGCUCCUAAUUUUCCUGGUGGUUCUGCUAUGCGGAGCCAUGCUCUUCUGCCUCCCCUGCUGGCUGAGGAGAUGCGGGAUGGGCUCCUCAAGACGCACCGUGGCUGUUUUUGCUGUCGGCGACUUGGACCCUGUUUAUGAGCUGGGUCCUUCAGCCCUGACAGCAGCAAGCAGGUCCCCUGUCUUCCUGAGAAGACCUGGAGGGACGGAAGCAGGUGUGAAUCCAGCUGUUGGAAUUCACCUUCCAACUCAAAACCCUGAACUGUAUCAUGUUUCAAGUUUCAACACUUCAGGAGCACCACCUCCAUAUGAAGAAAUUCUGAAAUCAAGCCAACUUUAGCUAUGGAUCAUCAGUUGAAGAGAUUAGAAAUAUUUUUAAGACCAAAACAUCAAAAUUAGGGACAAUUUUUCUCACUUAGUGGGAAUUCCCAGGCAUCAAUUAAUAUAGCCUUGGACAGGACAAACAGACAAAACAAUGAAUGUAGGGAGAAAAUUUUGGUCAGGAACAUAUUUUAGUAGUAUAUUAGUGGACUCAAUGGAUAACUGCUGUUACAUUUUUUUUUGCUAUAUCUCUAAGUUAAUGUUUCUCCAUUAAUACUCAUAGACAGUAAUUAAUACGCAGUGAUCUCAAUUAAGUUUAAGAUUCCACUCUAGUACACAUCGCAGCUUUCUCUGCCUAAAUAUUUCUGUUUUAAUCUGAUCUCUCUCCUAGUAUGGAGUCAAUAAAAAUUGUCAUAAUUUAACAA